UCAUUUCAGUCUUAAUGAAAACUUGUAAAUUUACAUCUCAAGUUUCUUUUCAAAGCAGCCGAGAACUGAAACGAAUGGGGAUUGAACUACUUUGCCUCCUCUUUCUAUUUCCAGGAAGGAACGCUCACGUACAAGGUGGCUGUGCUAUGGGAGGCGCGGAAACCUGUGAAGACUGCUUACUCAUUGGACCUCAGUGUGCCUGGUGUUCUCAGGAGAAUUUUACCCAUCCAUCAGGAAUUGGAGAAAGAUGUGAUACCCCAGCAACUCUUUUAGCUAAAGGAUGUCAACUAACCUUCAUUGAAAAUCCUGUCUCCCAAAUAGAAAUACUUACAAAUAAGCCUCUCAGUGUAGGCAGACAGAAAAAUAGUUCUGACAUUGUUCAGAUUGCACCUCAAAGGUUGACUCUUAAAUUGAGACCAGGCAGUGAACAGACCCUGCAAGUGCAAGUUCGCCAGACAGAGGAUUACCCAGUGGACUUGUAUUACCUCAUGGACCUCUCGGCCUCCAUGGAUGAUGACCUCAACACAAUCAAAGAGCUGGGCUCCCUUCUUUCCAAGGAGAUGUCUAAAUUAACCAGCAACUUUAGACUGGGCUUUGGCUCUUUUGUGGAAAAACCCGUCUCCCCUUUUAUGAAAACAACACCAGAAGAAAUCGCCAACCCUUGCAGUAGUAUUCCAUACUUCUGCUUACCUACAUUUGGAUUCAAGCACAUUCUGCCAUUGACAAAUGAUGCUGAAAGAUUCAAUGAAAUUGUGAAGAAUCAGAAAAUUUCUGCUAAUAUUGACACGCCAGAAGGUGGAUUUGACGCAAUUAUGCAAGCUGCUGUGUGUAAGGAAAAAAUUGGCUGGCGGAAUGACUCCCUCCAUCUCCUGGUCUUUGUGAGUGACGCUGAUUCUCAUUUUGGAAUGGACAGCAAACUGGCAGGCAUCGUCAUUCCUAAUGAUGGGCUCUGUCACUUGGACAACAAGAAUGAAUACUCCAUGUCAACUGUCUUGGAAUACCCAACAAUUGGACAACUCAUUGAUAAACUGGUGCAAAAUAACGUGUUAUUAAUCUUUGCUGUAACCCAAGAACAAGUUCAUUUAUACGAGAAUUAUGCAAAACUCAUUCCUGGAGCUACAGUCGGGCUACUUCAGAAGGACUCUGGAAACAUUCUCCAGCUGAUCAUCUCGGCUUACGAAGAGCUCCGGUCUGAGGUGGAACUGGAUGUGUUAGGAGACACUGAAGGACUCGACCUGUCGUUCACAGCUACCUGUAACAAGGGGGCCCUCUUCCCACAUCAAAAGAAAUGCUCCCACAUGAAGGUGGGAGACACAGCUUCAUUCAACGUGACUGUGAGUAUACCAAACUGUGAAAGAAGAAGCAGGCACAUUAUCAUAAAGCCCGUGGGCCUGGGGGACACCCUAGAAAUCCUUGUCAGUCCGGAAUGCAACUGUGACUGUCAGAAGGAAGUGGAAGUGAACAGCUCCAAAUGCCACAAUGGGAACGGUUCCUUCCAGUGUGGGGUGUGCACCUGCAACCCCGGCCACAUGGGUCCCCGGUGUGAGUGCGGGGAGGACACGCUGAGCACAGACUCCUGUAAGGAGGCCCCGGAUCAUCCCUCCUGCAGUGGAAGAGGCGACUGCUACUGCGGCCAGUGCAUCUGCCAUUUGUCUCCCUAUGGAAACAUUUAUGGGCCUUACUGCCAAUGUGACAACUUCUCCUGUGUGAGACACAAAGGGCUGCUCUGUGGAGAUAACGGUGACUGUGACUGCGGUGAAUGCGUGUGCAGGACCGGCUGGGCAGGCGAGUACUGUAACUGCACCACCAGCACCGACUCCUGCGUCUCAGAGGACGGGGUGCUCUGCAGCGGGCGUGGGGACUGCAUCUGUGGCAAGUGUGUUUGCACGAACCCGGGGGCCUCUGGACCCACCUGUGAACGUUGUCCAACCUGUGGUGAUCCCUGUAACUCCAAACGGAGCUGCGUCGAAUGCCACCUGUCUGCUGAUGGCCAGGCCCGAGAAGAAUGCGUGGACAAAUGCAAACUAGUUGGUGUGACCAUCAAUGAAGCAGAAGAUUUUUCAAAGGAUAGUUCUGUUUCCUGUUCUCUGCAAGGAGAAAAUGAAUGUCUUAUUACAUUCCUAAUAACUACAGAUAAUGAAGGGAAAACCAUCAUUCACAGCAUCAGUGAAAGAGACUGCCCAAAGCCCCCAAACAUUCCCAUGAUCAUGUUGGGGGUUUCACUGGCUAUUCUUCUCAUUGGGGUUGUCCUACUAUGCAUUUGGAAGCUGUUGGUGUCAUUUCAUGAUCGUAAAGAAGUUGCUAAAUUUGAAGCAGAACGGUCGAAGGCCAAGUGGCAAACGGGAACCAAUCCACUGUAUAGAGGCUCCACCAGUACCUUCAAGAAUGUAACCUAUAAACAUAGGGAAAAACAAAAGAUGGACCUUUCCACAGAUGGAUAGAACUACUUCAUGCACACAAAAAUGUCUGCUUCACUGAUAUGAAAUGUUAAUGCACUAUUUAAUUUUUCUUUUUUGUUGCUUUAAAAUGAGGCUGGUUUAAGAUAAUAAUAGGUCAUUUGGAGAUCAGUCAUUGUCUGUAAGAAGGUUAGAGACUGUUGGCAGGUUCAAAAUAAUCAAGAAGAGAAAUAUCCUUAGCAAAGGGGUGACUUUGGGGAUCAUUGAGGAAUACUAACUCUGUUGCAUUAAUGCCUCAAAAAAUCAUCAAAAUGACACAUAGGGGCCUGAUUUGCAUUUGAAAAAUGUUUGAAAUUAGAAUCUCAUUUGUUGCAGGAAUAUAGUUACCUGAAGUCUUUGUCUCUGCAAAGUCACCAAGUCCACAUGCUUACAUUAAAGAAUCACACUUGCGAAUGAAUUCUAAACUUUGAGUAAAUCUGCCCUUUCCUAAAGGAGGAUUCUUUUAAAAAUCUAUGAAAAAUGAGAUGCUGACUUUUACUUCAACUGAGAAGAUGCAAUUCUUCUAAAGAUGUCUCAUAUGUAAUUAGUGAUAAUAAUUUCUGUGGAUUUGCAUGUAUCUAAAAGUCAGGUACACAAACUAUUUUUUUUGUUUUACAGAUCAAGAAGAAAUAAUUUAAAAAUUAGAAAGUUACCAGUGAAAACAAAAAUAGUCUAUUAUUUAGAUUAUUUUUAACUACCUGAAAAAUUCCUACACUCAGUUUCCCUCCUGACCUCAAGUUUUCAAACUAUUACUUCUCCCAUAUUUCUCAAUCCUUUUUACUUAGUUUCAUAGUCACUUAAUGCCUGGAAAUGUCAUAUGAAAGUUUUAAUUUCUUGUUAAAAACUACUGUAAACAAUUAGAUAGUUUACUCAAAAAGAGUUCCAAUAAUGCAAAAGGGACAUGGGUUAAACAGAAUAAAAUUUUAAAUGGCUUUAAAGCAAACACAUCAAGAGUACACAGUCUCUCAUGAAUAAUAGGCUUUUUAUCUAUAUUUGUUUCCAUUUACAUAACCUAACUUGCAUUUCAGUUGCAUAUGGUAGAUAUGCAUCAUAUAUUUACUUUUAAGUAAGAUUUAUGGGGUAUUUGGGUGGCUCAGUUGUGUAAGCAUCUGACUUU